UUUAAACUUAUCUUUCACUAUUUUUCAUGUUAUUGAGAUAUUUUUAAUAAUAAUAGUUUCAUUGUUUGUGAUUUUUAUUACAGACCGUUUUUAAUAUCUACCAAACAUAAUAAAAAGUUCUUAAUAGUAAUGACCAAUACAAGUAAUUUUUCAAGUAAAAAAUUGCAAGUCAUCUGCAAUUUUAUGAAAAAAGCAAAUUUAAAAAUGAAAAAAUAAAUAAAAUUUAAAGAUUUCUGUCCCUUUUCAAUAAAAUAUGUUAAUAAUGAAAACAUCUGUUUGAGAAUAGAAUAUUGCUGAAGUUUGGAUUUCUGUUUGGGAGUCCUUCGUGUCGCUACACAAUGGAUGGCAAUACACGCUCUCUUUGCUUUAUACCAUUCUUUUUCUUCAUCUUCCUAUUAAAUUUGGUGGAAUGUUACAUCAUACUUAGAAAGAAUGUCAAAGUGAAACUGGAGUUUUAUUUGCUUAGUUUGUCACUAGCUGAUUUUCUAUUUGGUAUAAACUGGAUCGUCACAAUAAUUGCUAAUUAUUACGGGGCUAUCGAGUUAAAUUACAUAUGUGGCAAUAUAACAACGUAUUUUUUAAACAUGUCCAUCUUUCUCGUCGUGGGAAUUGCAUUUGAAAGAUAUUCUGCUGUAACAAAACCAUUCACACAUAAUUUUCGCCGAUUUAAAAGUGUAUAUCUGACAAUUGGUGCCACGUGGGGGCUUGGUUUGGUUCAUGUUGCGAUUUUAAUGCUACUAAAAGCGUACAGUGGAAUAAACAGCCGUGUUUUUGUUAAUGCCAGCACCACAGCUGCGGCUACCAUGAUUUUAAUCAUAUGCUAUACUUUGAUGUUUCUGUCCUAUCGAAAGCAUUGCAGAAAAAUGAAGAAAACACAAGUUAAGCUGUACUCACAACGAAAUCUGAAAAUGUUUAGAAUGAGUUUGAUGAUGAUUUUGGUUGUCAUAGUAACAUACUGGCCGCUUAUAAUAUGUUCAUUCUUUUAUUCAUUCUUUUAUUCAGAAAUAUUUUCUCGUUUAAGUGCAACCGAAGAACUAGUGGUUUUAAAUGUUGCAAAUGCAAUGGCUUUUUCAGCACCUCUAAUAAACCCAAUCAUAUAUUUCUUUCAUAAGGAAUCUUUUUUGAAAACAUUUAAAUUCGUAAAGCUAAACGUGUGCUGUAGAGUCAAAAAAAUUUCCUGUUAGAAGCAUCUGCAAGGAUUAAAUUCAUGGAAUUUUUUCAAAGAUGAAAUUUUGAAAAACAUUAUAAGUGGAAACAAUACGUGUGGAAAAAUAUUAUAUUACAUGAGAAUUUUUUUCGGAAAAGAAAUGCUACUGUUUUAAAACACCGGCGUAGAAAAACAACGCCCUUGAUUUCACCAUGGAUAACUUUAAGGACUUAAUGGAAAACGGAAUAGGAGAGUUUGUUAUAUAAUUUAAGAUUUCUAUGUAACUUUUGUUAGGUAUUUUUUCUUUCAUUUAACUAUUUUUUUUAUGUGUACAUGGAAAACUUCGGACGAGAAGAUAUGAGGUCACACAUGACAGAGUGGAAUAAAAUACGCCGUGAAUAAAUGUCCUUAUUGUGAAAGACAAACGUAUACUGAGGCUAAUGAACCUUUAUAUGACGUCAUAGCUGUCAAAAGAGACUUUAAGUUAAAAAAAAAUAUUCAAAUUUUUUAUCAGUCUUUUGUUAAUUACGCUUUAUAUUUUUUCAUUCCUGAUAAACUUUUAUUUUAAGAAAUAUGUCACCUUUAGUUACGUUAAUUGCUGUGAUCUGAUUAGUUGAUUUCGCGAUCUUCUAAUUUUCUUCACAACUAUUAAAUAGCAAAAGAUGAUUACGAUCAUUUCUCGUUAAUGACAGAUGUAGCUGUCGAAACGUAGCCUAAACUAAACUCGCUCGUUUAUGACAUAAUAUCUAUAUUAUUCAAUUACAAUGACUGAACAGUCAAGUGGUAAUAUUUUGACUAAUAAUUAGUAAUACUGUCUACAACCCUGGACAUUUUGUUGAAAUGCUGUGUUUUGGCUAUUUCUUGAAAUGACCAACAGUAUCUCUCGGCAUCUGUAGAUAAUACGCUGCAAAAGUUUACUGCAACAGUGGUGUAGGCCAAGUAAACAACAUCGAAAAUAUGCUAGCUACACUUUCCACAAUGACCUCAUUAUGGAGCAAUCCGAUCCAGGUGUAAAAAACUGUGAAUUGCGGGAGGGGUGACGUCAGCAAAAGAGUACUGUUUAAGACUUAUAUAAAAUCGGCUUUUUUAACUUCUUGUCGUUACGAAAUUCGUAUUUUCGUGCGAUUUUUCACUUAUUUACGAGGUUUUUGCUUCUUGGCAAAGUUUUGCGCCGUGGCUACCAAUUGCAGCUUUUCUAACAGAUUUUUAAAACGGACAAGCAACACGUGGCAAGUUUAAGAUGUGUUCACGAAUACUGAAAUAGCGGAAACCGUUUGCUUCAAGGAAGACUUUCGACCAGGAUUGUAGCCACCCCUAUUCACGUAAAUAAUAUUUGUUCAUCAAUACAGAGUUAAACCGAACCAAAUUGAAUUUAGUCAAGUAAUCAUAUUUCAACAAUGGGUACCUAUAUGGGGGGAUCAACUCAUUCUGGUGAAUGGCCAGUUUAAAACUUUUUACAAAACCGCGCAAAUUAUUGGUUGCCACAUUUAAGAUGCUUGAAUUUCUCUAUAACAGGACAGGUGUGAUGCCUUACAUAAAGUACUAU